GGAAGUCUUGUUCUCAGAGGCGGAGGCAUAUAUGAUCAGGGUUGAGUUACCAACUUCCUUUUUACUGUGGCCGCCAUACCGUGAGGAGCGUGGUUCCCGGCGAGCCGAAAAAAACUAUCGAAAAUGGCCUGUGCCCGACCCCUCAUCUCGGUGUAUUCCGACAAAGGAGAAUCAUCAGGCAAAAAUGUAGUCAUGCCUGCUGUCUUCAGGGCCCCCAUUCGCCCUGAUGUUGUGAAUUUUGUGCACACCAACAUGCGCAAAAACAACCGCCAGCCAUAUGCAGUCAGCGAGCUGGCAGGCCACCAGACAAGUGCAGAGUCCUGGGGAACAGGAAGAGCUGUGGCCCGUAUCCCUCGUGUGAGAGGUGGUGGUACUCACCGCUCUGGCCAGGGUGCUUUUGGAAACAUGUGUCGUGGUGGUCGCAUGUUUGCCCCCACUAAAACCUGGCGCCGUUGGCACCGCAGGAUCAACACACCCCAGAAGCGCUAUGCCAUCUGCUCUGCGCUGGCUGCUUCUGCCAUUCCUGCACUUGUGAUGUCCAAGGGACAUCGUAUUGAGGAAAUCCCCGAAGUCCCACUGGUGGUUGAAGACAAAGUUGAGGGCUACAAGAAGACCAAGGAGGCCGUGCUGCUGCUGAAGAAGCUUAAAGCCUGGAACGAUAUCAAGAAGGUCUAUGCCUCUCAGCGCAUGCGUGCUGGUAAGGGCAAGAUGAGGAACCGCAGGCGUAUCCAGCGCAAAGGUCCGUGUAUCGUCUACAACCAAGACGCUGGUUUAACCAAAGCCUUCAGGAAUAUUCCAGGCAUCACUCUGCAGGACGUGAACCAGCUGAACCUUCUGAGGCUUGCUCCUGGUGGUCACGUCGGACGGUUCUGCAUCUGGACUGAAAGCGCUUUCCGCAAGCUGGAUGAGCUGUACGGCACCUGGCGUAAGCCAUCCUCUCUGAAGAUUAACUACAAGCUCCCAAUGCACAAGAUGACAAACACAGAUCUGAGCAGGAUUUUGAAGAGUGAGGAGAUCCAGAAAGCACUUCGUGCACCUAACAAGAAGAUCAAACGCAGAGUGCUGAAGAAGAAUCCUCUGAAGAAUUUGAAGAUAAUGCUCAAACUGAACCCUUACGCCAAGACAGCAAGACGUCAUGCCAUCUUGAAGCACGACCCUGCUAUCAAGGCUAAGAUGCUGAAACCCAAGAAGAGGCCUGCAAAGAAGGCCCCUGCUAAACCCAAGGCAUAAAUCUAAACAGACUGGCGUUCAGUAAAAUAAAUCAGUUGUUUCAAAUAUGA